GCGGGAUGCGAAGCGAACAGACGAUUUCAACAUUGGUGAUUUCGCUGCCGCUGGCAGGGAUACGGACGAGGAGGACGACUUCGACACGUGGUAUUUCGAGCACGCUGGAGACGACGACAGCAGGUUCUCAGCGGGGUUCGAAUCCGAUGGCCCCGAGAAGAAGCGGCCCGACCCUGAAGAGAAGUCCCGCGCUACGGAAGCGUGGGACCACUGCCAUCAAGGAUAUUUCUCCCACGGAGCAGUGCCACUCGAAAAUGGGGUCAUCGUUUACCUAGUGACCCGGCAGUCAGAUCUGAAUACCUUGGGAGGCGGCUUGUCAAGACUUGCCUACUUCAUAUUGAAGCAUUGGGCAUAG